GGUAUGUCUUGGUCGCUUUGCUGUUUGAGCUAGAAGAGGAGAAUUAGGUUUUUGAGGUACUUCUGAUCUGAAAUAAUGGAAUCAAGAACUUUUCACUGGGUUUCAGACUUGGGUUUGGAUGAUGCAGCUGGCUUCAUUAUGCAGCAAGAAUUGAGCAAUCUGAAUCAGUACAGCCCUCAAGAAUUAAUAUCAGCUUCAUAUGAUAAUGAUCUGCAACAGUCCAUCUCUUCAUCCGAAAGCUUUACUUUAAACCCUUCUGUUUACUCUGUGGAAAAGUUCAUGGAAGCAUCUCAAGGAAUGUACAAAGCUGAUCAAAAUGGCAUUUUUUUGGUGCCUGAUGCCCCAUUUCUCCUGUCAUUUAACCAAUCUCAAGUUGAAAAUAUUAAUAUCUAUGAUGCCGAUGUGCCAAAAGAUAUCUGUAUUAAAAGGAAAGGUGGAGUGGUUAAUGGUGAAACUGAGAGGAAGAAGAUGAGGAUGGGCUUAGGGCAAGCUGCUUAUGCCCUUGAUCACAUACUUGCUGAGAGAAGGAGAAGGGAGAAGCUUAGCGAAAGGUUCGUAGCACUUGCAGCUAUCAUCCCUGGUCUUAAGAAGAUGGACAAAGCUUCAGUUCUUGGAGAUGCAGUCAAGCACAUCAAAGAGCUGGAGGAAAGGGUGAAGAACCUUGAAGAAGAGAAGAUUGAGAGGAAGGCAGUGGAGAUUGCCACAAUGAACAUUAUAAAGCCCUGCCAUGAUCAUUCCAAUGACUGUGAAAGCCCUAUAUCUUCUGUGGAGAAUAAUAAUAUUAUUAAUAGCAGUUCAUCUCAUGAUCAGAAACUCCACCCUCACCACAUAAAGGUUAAGAUUUGUGACAAGGCAGUGCUCGUAAACAUACACUGUGAAAAUCAUAAGGGAGUUUUGGCUAAGUUGGCUUCUGAUAUUGAGGACCUCCACCUCAUGGUCAGCAACUUUAGUGCCGUGCCUUUCAUGGGGUCCUCCUUCCUUGAUAUCACUGUGGCUGCUCAGGUUGAAGAUGGUUCCUUCAUAACAGUGGAAGAUGUUGCAAAGAAGCUGAACGCAGCUUUAAGCCAGUGCAACUGAUGAAUGUGCUUUUUGUAAAGUAUAAAGCUGCGGUGAUAUUAUCUGUCGUGCUAGCUUUCAUUCAAGCUAUCAUUCAGUUUUAUUUGAAAUGAAUGAAAACAAUAAUCUCCCAGUUAUUUCUUGUUAAUAUAUGCUUCAUAUGUACAUAGAAUCUGAAGAGAUCAAUGCC